CGGUUGUAUUUCGAUUGCAACGCCGUCGAGAACUACAUUUUGUUUUGCCAUUUCAAUAAAUCUAUUAUUUACCACUAAAUAGCGGUGCUACCGAGCCCGGAAACAGUGUCCGCGUUCUGGAGUUACGGCGAACAACGAAUCCCGCAACGAUACGUCCAUGAAAAUCGAAAGGCAACGGGAGCAGCAGCUGAAGAAGAGGCAGAGGCAGCAGCAGCAACAACAGCAACAACAAAAUACACAAAAUAAAAGAAGCAGCAGACGGAAAAGUGUUUAAAUGGUGGAGAACUGAAAAGGAGAGGCGUUACUGCACAUAGGGAUUUUCCGGAGGAACCGCGGAGCCAACGGAGGAGACCAGCCAAAGAUGCUCUAGAGGGCGGCGGUUCGGAACGAUUUUCUCCCUCCUCCGGAGGACGACCAGAGUUGCCAGAGGACCAGGAUGAUGACUACUCCUACUCCUGGUGAAGCAGGAAGCUAAAGAUAUAUAUAUAUAUAUCCCAAAUUUAUAUAUCAACCAGUAAUCGGAUUGUAUUGGGCAAUGCCCCUUGGGUAAACCCACCUGAGAGGAUCCAGCCGCUGGAGAAGACCUGCCUUGUUUAGCAUUUAAUCCGGAAUCCAGUCCUUUGUGCCUGCCUCCUUGUUAACACACACACACUCACUCUAUAUUGUUUACGUUUACGCUUGUUUGUUUGUUGAACUCCACAAAUCGUCCUUCCAUUAAUUGUUAGUCACGAAUCCCUCACGUUGAGCACUCAAAUCAAAAUGAUAGCAUCAUCCUCGUCGAUAUCGAAAUUGAAAUUGAAGUUUAAGUUGAAAUUGAAUUUGCAAUUGAAAUCGAAGCGUCCAGCCGUUAAAGCUACAAUCAAAUUACUCCCGUCCAAACCCACCUCGUCAUCAUCGCCAUCGCAGAUUGGAGCCAGGGCCGCCAGGAUUAGUUGGAUUUCUCGCCAGGAUCAGUCCUCGUCAGCCAUCCCAAUUGAGUGAAGCCCAGGAUACACGAAUCUAAGGGUACUGCAUGUAGUACAUCAACUGUAAUAUAAGAUACAUAAAUAGGAAGUAAUGCGAAUAAAAGAAAAUAAGUGAAACGCAGCGUUAAAAAUUUCUACAAAUCGGACAUCAAAAGAUUCAACCGUCUUAAAGGAGUCACAUCGUUUUGAAUACAUAUAUUGUCAAGCGUUGGCCAUUUCUCACUUCAGUUUAAUCGAAACCACUUUAACUUUUUGGAAUACCAAUAUCUUCCCUUGAUUUUCAUGUUGAAUUUUGUAUGCAAAUUACAUAUGCCUUGUCUAAUUGCCUUCCAAAUUCGCAAACGAGCGCAUCUUCCAUGUCCCAGAUAUUUGUAAAAUACGGGCGUUUGUGAUUUGAAACCGAGAGAAAAACACGUUCGUUAAUCGUAACUGGUAACUUUAGCGUAGGAACAUAGAUAAAUACUUAGCAGCGAUCGCUCGUCUCCUGGGAAGCCAAUUUAGAGUGGCAUGAGUGGCCAUCCAUCGGGACUCCGGAAACAUGAUGAUAAUGAGUGUAGUGGGCCACGACCACCAGUACCCGGAGAAGAGAGCCGUGUUAAAAAGAUGACCGAAGGGGUAGCAGAGACCUCGAAGAAUUCGCCGCCAUCCUACCUGAACUGGGCCCGGACGCUGAACCACCUGCUGGAGGACCGCGAUGGGGUCGAGUUGUUCAAGAAGUACGUCGAGGAGGAGGCGCCCGCCUAUAAUGACCACCUCAACUUCUAUUUCGCCUGCGAGGGCCUCAAGCAGCAGACGGAUCCGGAGAAGAUCAAGCAGAUAAUUGGAGCCAUCUACAGAUUCCUGCGCAAGAGUCAACUGUCCAUCUCCGAUGACCUGCGCGCCCAGAUCAAGGCCAUCAAGACGAAUCCCGAGCUGCCGCUCAGCCCGCACAUCUUCGAUCCCAUGCAGCGCCAUGUGGAGGUCACCAUCCGCGACAACAUCUACCCCACGUUUCUCUGCUCCGAGAUGUACAUCCUGUACAUCCAGCAGAUGUCCGCCCAGCAGGAGCGUUUCAGCAGCAGUGGGGCCACGGGAUCGGGAGGCAGUGCCGGCAGCAGUGGCAGCGGUGGCAGCAGUCUCGUGGGCGCCUGUGCCCUUCCCCCAACCUCCGCCACCACGAAGCAGCAGCAGCAGCAGCAGCUGCAUCAGCAGCACCUCCAGCAGCUGGUGCCGCCCGGUGCCUUCAUCAAUCUGCCGGUGAGCAGCGUGAGCGGGCCGCCAGCUGGCACAUGCAGUGCCAGCGGCAGUGUGUACGGUCCCUCCACCUCGGCCAGCUCCAGUGGCUCCAUCAGUGCCACCGACACACUGCCACGCAGCUCCACGCUGCCCACGCUGCACGAGGACUCGGUGCUGUCGCUCUGCGAUGACUUCGAGAAGGUGCAGAUGCAGGAGGCCGGCGGCGGAUCCCUGGGUUCCGGAUCCGUGGGCGCGAAUGCGCGGGCGCCCGACUACCCGAUCCGACUGACGCGGGACCUACUGAUAGCAACGCAGAAAAGAAGACUGGAAAUCCGACCUCCCGGUGCCCACGGUUAUGUGUACAAUCCCAGCACUACCAACACCUCCUAUGUGCCGAAUUCGCGGGUUGAUUCGGAAAGGGGCAGCGUUAGCUCCGGCGGACGCACCGACUCCGACACCAUGUCGAUCUCCAGCUGUUCCAUGGACGGUCGCCCGUACAUACAACGCAGACACAGCUCCACGGAAAGCAAGGCGAUUCGCCAGAGCGCGAUGGCGAACAAGGAGACCAACACGUUUCAGGUGAUACCUCGCACACAACGACUACAUUCGAACGAGCACCGACCGCUGAAGGAGGACGAACUGGUGGCCCUGCUGAUACCCAAGUUGGAGGAAGUGAAGCGGAAGCGAGACCUGGAAGAAAGAGCGCGCGAGCGAAAUCCCGGCGCUGCUCUGCUAACCAACGAAAGAUCCAGUGCCAGCGAUCGAGCCUUCGCCGAGGCGAUACGGGAGAAGUUCGCACUGGACGAGGACAACGACCAAGACAUUCUGGACCAGCACGUGUCGCGGGUGUGGAAGGACCAAACGCCGCACCGCUCGCCGGGAACGAUGUCGCCCUGCCCGCCCAUCCCGUCGCGCCGCCGCACAGCCACCCACGAUUCGGGAAUGGUCAGCGAUGGCGCCAUGAGUCUGAGCGGGCACUCGAUGAAGCACUCAAAGUCCAUGCCGGAUCACAGUUCCUGCUCGAGGAAGUUGACAAACAAAUGGCCUUCCAUGAACACAGACAGUGGCAUUAGCAUGUUCUCGGCCGACACUGUUACCAAGUACAAAGAUGCGAGCUCUCGAUCUGGCUCUAGCACGGCCUCGAAACUGGAGGAGGCGAAACGAAGACUGGAAGACGAGCCGCGGCGCUCUCGUCGAUAUGCCCAACCACUGGCCACCUUCAGCAGCAGCAGCAGUGGCGGCAGCAUCAGCCUGCCCCACCAGCAUCAGCACCACGUGCAGCUGCAGAGCACGGCGGCGCCACCGCCUCUGCCGGCCAAGCCGCCGGAGACGAUAGUGGUGUUCUCGUUUUGCGAGGAGCCAGUGCCGUACAGAAUAAAAAUACCCGGUACUCAGCCAACCCUGCGUCAGUUCAAGGACUAUCUGCCCAGAAGAGGUCACUUCAGAUUCUUCUUCAAGACGCAUUGCGAGGACCCGGACAGUCCAGUGAUUCAGGAAGAGAUUGUUAACGACUCCGACAUACUGCCCCUAUUCGGAGACAAAGCGAUGGGUCUUGUCAAGCCAUCCGAUUAAUAUUUAAGCAUUUAGCGUAGAUUUUGUAUUAAGGCAAAUCGUGAGUGUGACUUGGUGCACUCGAUGAUUGAUGAAGAUGAUGGCGAUGAUACUGAGAUGGAUACGAUAACGAACGCACCAAGUGUACGCAUCUUAGAGCUAGCAAACUGGAGAAGCUAUUUCCGACAAAUCAAAAGCUAUUAAUGAUAUCUGUACGGGCGACCGACCGGCUUUUGUAAGCAUCACAAACUACUCUCUGCGGGGGCAAUGUAUUUUUCUGUACAACAAAAAACUGAUUCCCUAACGAAAUUUUUGGAGCUACUUUAUGUUGAUCCACACCACCUUGUGGAGGCCGUACAUUUCGAGAGUCCGAAAAGCGUUUUAGGAUUAGGAGCCU